CGGAGAGGCAUUGCUACUCGCUUGUAUCGACGCCAUCGGGCUGCCCGAAGCUGUAAAUGAUCCUCACGCAAUGCGCCGUCUGCGCCACCGACCUUGGAUUAUCCUUGGGCAAGAAAUGCGGUCGCUGCAGCACGCGCUACUGCGGGGCAGCCUGCCAGAAACAACACUGGGAAGAGGGCGGCCACGACAAGCUCUGCAAAGCGAUUAAAAAAGCAGGUGGUGCCGAGCAGUAUAAUGCAAAUCAGAAGUACACGGCGGCCGUCGCGGUCGCGGCGGAGGCGUGCGCGGAGGACACAAAGGGCCAGACGUGCUAUAUUUGCACGCAGGCGCUGCAUCGACACACCAAGGAGGGCCUCGUGCGCAUGUGCGCGUGCCGCGGGACGGCAGGCUUUGCGCACGUGUCGUGCUUGGCGGAGGAGGCGAAGAUAUUGGUCGCGGAGGCAUGGGAGAACAAUUUGGAUAGCAAGGCGUUUGAUAAGAGGUGGCGGCGGUGGGAUACGUGUAGUCUGUGCGAGCAAAGGUAUCACGGCGUCGUGGCGUGUGCGCUCGGGUGGGCGUGCUGGAAGACGUACGUGGGGCGGCUGGAGACGGAUGAGGCUAAGGGCUUGGCGAUGACGCAGUUGGGGAACGGUUUAUCCGCUGUUGGAAAUUGGGCGGACGCGUUGUCCGUGAGAGAGGCCGAGUUGUCUACGUUGCGGCGCAUUGGCGCACCACUAUCCGCCAUUCUCGCCGCGCAGGGGAAUCUUGCGAACACGUAUCAAUAUCUCGGACGGCUUGAUGAGGCCUUGCCCCUGCGACAAGACGUUUAUUCCGGACGUGUGAGGCUCUCUGGCGAAGAACAUGAACUCACCCUAGUAGCAGCCAACAACUACGCGUCGUCCCUUGUUGAUCUACAGCGCUUCGAAGAAGCCAAGGCACUGCUGCGCAAAACGAACCCCGUGGCGCGACGUGUUAUUGGGGCGUCGCAUGAAUUAACGUUGCGGAUGGGGUGGACUUACGCGCUGGCGCUCUACAAGGACGACGGAGCCACGCUCGCCGAUCUCCGCGAGGCCGUGACGACGCUCGUGGAGACGACACAGACCGCGCGGCGCGUGCUCGGCGGCGCGCAUCCGCUUUUGGCGCCAAUUGAAAUUUCACUGCGAAACGCGGGAGCCGCGCUGAGCGGCGCGCUCGCCGCCCGCGACCCGCCGCCGCGAGGCGCGUAACUCGACAAGGUUCU